CAAAACCGAAAGUAAAAUACGCAAAAAGGGAAACUUAAGAACGGGCAUCAUAGAAACCCAGCACAUAGAAGACAUAUACGGCUUUUAAAACUUGCUUUCAAUGAGAAUAACAGAUAACUCAAUUGAAAUGUGACUUUGGCCGUGUAGCCCCAAAAAGUUACAUAUUGCAGCGUUAAAGGUAGGGGGAUUCUACUUUGCCAAUCAGACGUAGUUACUAGGCGGGCCUGACAUUUCAUUGGACCAUUCAAGGUUCUCCUACCUGAUUCCCUUCGGGGUUAUUGUAUCCUACGAUAAGUCGUCGGUGAGAAGGAAAAGCGGAAUUCGAACUGCCUCGAUGUGUCGUUUGGAUGUGGAGUCUGACGUGAAAGGACCUGAACAACAUAGACAUGUCCUCCCUUCGUCAAGGUACAUGGUGGGCUGUGGGCUGAAGCGAAAGCUUAGUGAAUGCGAGGACCCGGUGCUGGACAUGCCCUACCCUCAGCAGAGGCAGCUGGUGCUGGACCUGUGCCUUUUCAAGCUCCAGAGCUGCCAGCGGCGAGCUGAGCCCAGCCUGCACCGCUCGGUGCUGCUGGCUAACACUCUGCACCAGAUUCAGCGGGAGAUGAGGCAGGAGGGAGGCCCACACCCUUUGGAUUCCCCCCCUCCAGCCCCCUCACUGCCUCAAGCCCCUGCUGCACUGCGCCAUUCACCCGAGUUGCCGCAUGUGCCCCCCACCACCCUAGUGGCCGCACUGUCCUCACCCUCACUGCUUUGUGAAGAUGACGCAGAGUCUGCCUGCACAGGACUCCCUGAGAGACUGUGGUCGGAGGACGACGGAAAGUCUCCGCUUCUGCUGUUUGGAUCCUUUGAAAUUACAAACUCCACCAGCUACCUGACGGACCUGCAGCUGGACGACAUCUUUGAGGACAUUGACACGUCAAUGUACGACCCAUCUGACUUUGUCCUGGGCUGCCCCCCUCGCAGCGGGAGCAGCAGAGCCUCCUUUGGGAAUGACGACAACCUCAAGGGAUUCUGCACCACCUCUAGCAUCACCUUGCAGCGGUAUCUCAAUGACCUCGACCACAUCAUUGAGAUCCUGGUAUGCUCCUGACUGACUGAUUGGCGCCAUUUCACAGCUGCCCAUUUUAUGAGCUGGUGGUGGGAAGAAUGACUCAUUUAUUUUUUAAGUCUCUAUUUUUAUACAAAGAACUUGGUAUAUUUAUUCAUAAGUUCUGAUGAUUACUUGGCCGAUAUACCUCUACUGUAUGAUGAAUGCAUAUUUCUGGUGGCCCGCUGGUGCCAUCUUUUACAUUAACAAGAUUACUUUAAUAAGCAGUGACUUAGAGCAACAAUCACAAAGCGUUACCAUUGAGACGUUAUACUGGAUGGUUAUUAACCAGUGCAUUCUUUGACAAAGAGGACGACCUGUGUAACAAGGACAUUUUUGUGGAUGGAUUCCACCAUGUAUUUCUGGAGCAUUGCAAUAAUUUAUCAAGAAUUAAUUAAAUAGACCGGGACUUGUUCAAUCCUCACACUACCUCUCUCUAAAACAACAGCUGUCUGUCUCACUAUUCAAAGAGCUUCACAUAUUGUGUUCUGAUUGGUCUUGUUCCUUUAACAUAAACUUCUGAUUGUCAAUAAUGCAGAUAUUUUUACGCCAGAGAAUGCCUUUUCCGGAUGCGAGUCUCAGCAUAGUCGAUAAUUCUGUGACUUUACAUUGAUGCCUUAUCCAUCCAUUUUGGUCAUUUUAAUCAGAUAGUAGCGGACAACAAAAUAUAAUCGGCACAAGAUUUUGAGUAUUUGGUUUGCGGUUUGGUCACUCACAUGUUUUGAGAAUCUUAAGGUGACAUUGUAUUGAUUACUUGGGAACAGUGUUUUGUUAGACUGCAUUCGUUUAAGCAUUUAGUGGUGUCUGUCUCAUUGAAGAGCUGUACAUACAAUUGAAUACCAUGUAUAUUUUCCACUUUAACGAUUGUUUAAAAAUGCAGACACCAAGGUAUUCGUAGAAUUAGAAUAGUCCCAGUUGGUAUUCACGUAAUAAUAAAGGAAUUCCCAUCGACCACGGGCACAAAUUGAGGAAAACCAGCAUCCUUUUGGCUCACAUUGUAAAAGAGGCAACUUGGGCGUCUGUUUAUUUUUGUUAUAGAAGUAACAAAACAUGCCGAAAAGCUGCUGUGUUAUUCAAUGUACAUGUAGCCAGGUCAAAAAUCCAGACCUUCUGUUUCACAAUUCUUCAACGUAGGGAAAUGGAGCCUGCCAGAAGAGCCUUGUGGCUUCAGGUCAUUCGUGUGGGAAAUGGAGCGUGCCAGAAGAGCCUUGUGGCUUCAGGCUAUUCUCCAACGUAGGGAAAUGGAGCCUGCCAGAAGAGCCUUGUGGCUUCAGGUCAUUCGUGUGGGAAAUGGAGCGUGCCAGAAGAGCCUUGUGGCUUCAGGCUAUUCUCCAACGUAGGGAAAUGGAGCCUGCCAGAAGAGCCUUGUGGCUUCAGGCUGUUCUCCAAUGUAGGGAAAUGGAGCCUGCCAGAAGAGCCUUGUGGCUUCAGGCUAUUCUCCAACGUAUUGAAAUAGAGCCUGCCAGAAGAGCCUUGUGGCUUCAGGCUAUUCGUGUGGGAAAUGGAGCCUGCCAGAAGAGCCCUAUGGCUUCAGGCUAUUCUCCAACGUAGGGAAAUGGAGCCUUGUGGCUUCAGGCUAUUCUCCAACGUAAGGCAAUGGAGCCUUGAGGCUUCAGGCUAUUCUCCAACGUAGGGAAAUGGAGCCUGCCAGGAGAGCCUUGUGGCUUCAGGCUAUCCGUGUGGGAAAUGUGGGGACACGGUGUCCAAGUAGGCUACACGUAGCUGUGUGUGUGGAAAACAUUUCAUCACAUGUAAGACAUUUAACUGGUUUAAUACAGUCUGUUUGGAACUCUACUCACUACUUGUAGCUGUAUAGUCUACUUGUUUUGUGGUGUUGGUCUUGGCAAACUUAAUGUUCUGGUCGGUAGCUAGCUAGCACUCAAGUGGCUAUUUAUUUUAUUUAACUAGGCAAGUCAGUUAAGAACAAAUUCUUAUUUACAAUGACGGUCUACCAAAAGUCAUCCUGCGGGGACAGGGGCUGGGAUAAAAAAGAUGUAGGACAAAACACAGCAUGGCAGCAGCACAUAACACGGUAGCAACACAUGGCAGCAGCACAAAGGGCAAAAAGGUAGAGACAACAAUACUAGCAUAGUCAUGAAAAGGUGCAUGAGGGAAGCCCUACAAUAGUUUUUCUAAGUAGUGAGAAUGCUAGGGAGCAGGCGAUGUUGAAAAGUCAUCUUUAGACCUGUUAAUCAAAUGUUUUGUAAUGGACUAAAGCAUGCGUUUGAAAAAGGUUACAUUUUUGCUGUGAGCCAAUGGGGUAACCUAGGUAACCACAGGUUGUUUUCCGCACAGGCGCAUAGGGUCGUGAUGAUCUAAUACUGACUGGGUCUAUACUAAAAGGGACAUGAACCAUCUUAUGAUGAGAUAAAAGUCAGCCGUUUUGGUCAGGGAGUUGGUCAAACAUUGUUUUCCAGUGUUGAGAUAAGAUAUUUUGUAAGCUAAUGAAUUUGGAGAAUUUAUCCGCACUGUAUGUUUGCUAGCUGGCCAGACAGUUUUUUUAAAUAAUGAUUCCAUAAAUGUUUCAAAUUAAUUGCCAACAUUCCAGUCAAUCAUACUGGCUGAAAUCAGUUGAUAGGACUUACACAAGUUGAAUAUGCAACAUGUACUGAUAUUGUAUCAUAUCUAUAUCUAAUAGCACUCACAGCUUUCAAAGAAAACAAAAAUGUUGACAUUAUGGUCUGUUUAUAUAUAUAUAUUUUACAUAGAGGUUAUAUAAACUGUAUAAUUAUAUUACAAUAUUUUAGGUUGACAGUAAUUAUAUUCCACAAUUUCUGAUUCAUCACAUGCCUUUUAUUUUCCUACAGAAGUAAAGUUCUACUGUCUGUUUGUCUAUGGAGAUUGCAUGGCGGUGUGCUUGAUUUUAUACACCUGUCAGCAACGGGUGUGGCUGAAAUGGACAAAUUCAAUCAUUUGAAUAGGUGUCUGCACACUUUUGUGUGAGUGUAUAUAGUGUAUGUGCUCCCCGAGACAGGGGAGGGGAGCAGUAGCUGCCAUCACGUGACACGGCCCUUUCUUGUGGAAAAGGCUACACGGAAGAGUUUCACAACAGCUGCUAUGUGUAAGCGCUGCGCCCCCCCCCAAAAAAAAGAGUCCCCUUUUUUCCAGUCAGCCAAUAAGAAUACAAAGUAAUAUGUAAAUUAAACAGAAAUGAUCAUGUCUGCAUUGAGUCACAUUCUGAAAUAGGCAGAUUUUAGAUGAGAGGUUGGGGCACAGGCUACCGGCACUACUGUUGUAAACUCUCAAAGCAAACAACUCCCAGGUGUUGAUGCUCUGCCGAUGACACACACACACACACACCCCUCCCGUCCUUCCAGCAUGACUGCACACAGACCCCACCCUAAGGACAGAGUCAGCCUGAACAUCACCACAAAACGGAACAAUAAAACCAACGAGAAUUUUCUUUCACACCAUCAGCACACUUCAGUGGAUCCUCCCUGCUCACACUGCUGAGAACAGUGCAUUGAAUGAGUUGAGUUUAAGCUUUGUAAGCUUUUUUGUUGUAUUUAUACAGUUUCUGUGUGAUUUUGUUUAUUUUGAUAAGAUUGAGAUAAAUGCAGUAUAUUAAGGGUCUUGGGCUUUUGUAACAGAGUUCCGGACUCAUUUAAUUUACAUCGAAUAGGUAAUGUAAAAAAAAAACACGUCUGUAAAUAUUUGUUGCGGAUCAUGAUGAGAUUUACAUAGACUGUUAAAAAAAAAAAAAUGGGCGAAGCCAUCGAUGACGUCACCCCAUUUGAGAAUGCUCAGUGGCGUGUUUAAAGAUCAGGAAGUGUCAUUUCAGCGUGUCACCAUCUUGCAACAUGGAGUUUUUGGAAACGUCUCAUGCUCAGUUUAAGCUACUGUAUGAAGUGAAGUUGCAGGCUUGCUCAGUCCUGCCCCCUCAUUGAGGAUCUCCAGUUGAAGGCUGACUGAGGUACUGCAGGCUGCUAUUAGCAACUAAAUGAUCCUUUUCACUUUGUGUGAUUUUAAAGUAAUCGGUUCAAGGACAUACAUCUGGUGAAAUAAUAGAUUAAAAUAUUGGCACCAUGAUUGUGUUAAUGUUUUUCUAUAUAUCCACGAAUAUUGCCAUUCUCUACAAUGGGGGAUCCUGUUCUCUGGAAACAAUGUCUGCAGUACUGCGGUCCACCUUAAACUUGAAAUCCUCAAUGUGAGGUGACAGUCAUUCUCCCCUGGAUUGUUAUCAUCGAUUGAUAUUUUAGAUGUAUGUAACUAACUCUGAUUAUAACAAAUAAAUGGAAGAUUAUUAUGGACCAGGCAGUCUAAAACUGGCAGCUUUUUGCUGUUUUCAGCCUGCAGCCACAUCGCUAAAUUAACCAAAAUAUGAAGUUGCAGUACAGGUGGUACAUGUACAUUUGUAAAACCCAGUCAAUAUCCCUGGAUUGAGAAAUGGAAUAUGGUAUAAUAAUAGAAUACCUGUUAAAUAAUUCUGGCUGGUCAGGUAACUCCAUAGCCCUCUGGUAAAUCUCCAAAAUAUUUAUACUGAACCAAACAUGAAGAGGGCUGCAAGACCUUGUGUUUGACGGUGACUGAUAUUUCCACUGAACAAAAAUAUAAACGCAACAUGUAAAGUGCUGGUCCCAUGAGCUGAAAUAAGAUCCCAGAAAUGUUCCAUACCCACACAAAGCUUAUUUCUCUCAAAUGAUGUGCACAAAUUUGUUUACAUCCCUGUUAGUGAGCAUUUCUCCUUUACCAAGAUAAUCCAUCUACCUAACAGGUGUGGCACAUCAAGAAGCUGAUUAAAUGGCAUGAUCAUUACACACAUGUACCUUGUUCUGGGGACAAUUAAAGGCCACUAAAAUGUGCAGUUUUAUCACAACACAUUGCAACAGAUGUCAAGUUUUGAGGGAGCAUGUAUUUGGCAUGCUGACUGCAGGAAUGUCCACCAGAGCUGUUGCCAGAGAAUUUAAUGUUAAUUUCUCUACCAUAAGCCACAUCCAACAUCUUUAGAGAAUUUUGCAGUAUGUCCAACCGGCCUCACAACCACUGUCUGGUCCAUUUAUUUUGUUCUGACCACAAACUCUGUGUUCUGUAAUAUAAUUUAUUUUGACACAUUUAUACUCUAUGCAAUACUGUUGUAGCAGGUCAGUAAGUCUGAAUAAAACAGAAAACAAUG